AAAUGUGAUUUCGCCCGUUGUUCUUGUCGCCUCUCACGGCCGUCCUUGUCGCCGUCUUCUUCUCCUCCUCCUCCAGCGUUGGGGCCUUCCUUCUUCUUCUUUCCUCCAUCCGUCCUCAGAUCCAAUGGCGGCGCGUAGCUUCAUCCUCUGGCUGCAUGGGUUGAGCGACUCUGGACCGGUCAAUGAGCCCAUCCGGACCUUCUUCUCCGCUCCCGAGUUCAAGCUCUCCAAGUGAUAGUGGUGUGAUGCCUUCCUGGUUUGACAUUUAUGAGAUACUUGUGACUUCUACGUGUGUUUUUUCACCCAUCAAUCCUGAGAGGCCCGUAAUCUAAAUUUUAAGUAGUUGGACAUUUUCCUAACCUUCAGAACGUGCAUGCUAUGAUAGACAAAGAGGUUGACAAUGGAGUAAACUCUGAAAACAUAUUUGUUUUUGGAUUUACCCAAGGAGGUGCCUUGAGAUUGGCAAGUGUGUUGCUUUACCAAAGAAUUAUGGGAGGUGGUGCAGUUUAUAGUGGCCUUCUAUCUUCUUACAAGAAAGAUGAGGAUGUUGAAGUACAAGAAGAAGAACCGAUUGUAAAAGAUGAGGAUGUUGAGGUACAACAAGAAGAAGAACUGACCGAAGAAGAUGAAGUUAAAUUUAUUAAAAUCGAAGAGUCAGAAGAAGAAGAUGCUAUUUGUCUUCUUCAAAAGACACCUAUUCUCUGGUCUCAUGGUAUGGCUGACAGAACUGUAUUAUUCGAGGCGGGCCAAGCUGGUCCUCCUUUUCUUGUGCAAGCUGGUAUGAGCUGCGAAUUCAAGUCUCAUGAUAUGGCUGACAGAACUGUAUUAUUUGAGGCGGGGCAAGCUGGACCUCCUUUUCUGGAGCAAGCUAGUAUGAGUUGUGAAUUCAAGGCUUAUCCUAAUGUUGGUCAUUCUAUCACCACCGAAGAAUUGUUGCAUCUUCAAUCGUGGAUCAAGGCUCUCGUCUGAAGAGUUCAUGAAGACCAUCACCAACUUCGCUUCACAAUUUUUAGAUCAAGCUUGGCAAUAGAAGAAGAGAUCAUGCUUGGCAAGUGUUAGUUUCAUGCUAUUAUUAUCAUCUAAGAUCCUUUCUAGUUUGAGGUGCAGCAAAUGCAAUUGUGUAAUUUGAGGUUGUUGGUUUUGGAAUGCUUUUACUUCUUCCAGAAAAAUAGUUAAACAUCAAGACUCACUAUGUUGGCUGUCGAUCAGCAGUGAUCUUCCAUAUUAUAUUCUUUUUAGAUAA